UAGCUUUAGGUAUUUAUUUCAGUUUCAAAUUUAAAGCAGUUGAAGCAACUCAUCUAUUCACUUCUUUAUACAUAAAUUAAGUUCCGUAAAUCAAAUCGGCUCAAGAUGACUUUCGUUGGCGAUGGGCUUAAUAGUCCUCGGAAGCAGGGCGGCAUUGAUAGUUCGGAGGAUUCUCCGUUUCCCGACAAAUAUUACAUGCGAAAUACUCGCGUUCUGAAUGUUUCGAAGGCCAACAUCACAGAGUUGCCGAUGGAGGUUCUAGAGACUGCACGUCAGGAGAUGGUGAAUAUUGUGAACCUGGACGGCAACCUCUUGAUCGAGUUGCCUCAGGACCUGCAUAUGCUGAGUGAAUUCCUCACCGAGCUGGUCCUCUCCAGAAAUCAGAUCUGCUAUGUGCCCACAAACAUAUCACAGUACUCAAAACUAUUGAUCCUGAACCUAUCCGGUAAUCUCCUCCGUGAGCUACCCAUCGAGGUGGCUGGAUUGCAGCUGCUCCGGGAGCUGGACAUAUCCCACAAUCGCUUCGACCAUCUUCCACGGUGCAUCUACGAGCUGCAGAGCCUGUCCAAGCUGUUGGCGCAUGACAACCGCAUCAAGAGCAUCGAUGCCAGUGACCAGGGACUGGGCGCCAUGACAAGCCUGGAAACCCUGAAUUUGAACAACAACGACAUCGAAAUGGUGCCGCCCCUCCUGGGUAAUCUGACCAAUAUCAAGCAGUUGGAUCUGUGGGGCAAUACCUUCCGCCUGCCGCGGCACCAGGUCCUGGUGAUGGGAACAACGGCUGUGCUGGCCUACUUGCGUACUCGCAUUCCCACAUAAAUCGAAGCAAUUAUAGUAUUGCCAUAAUUCAAUUCAGCGCAAAUUCAAAUCAAAUUUUUAAGUAUUGACAAAUAAACAACAGCCGCAGGCUUUUUACUUUUCAACGAAA